GGCGGUAAUGCCCCGUUAUGAUGCUUGCCAGCCGCCAUGAACACUAGAAAGAGGAGAAAGAGUGCGGACGUAGGCGCAGGAACCAGACCCACAGGUCUGCAGAGCACAGCGCGUCAAAAUGCCCGGAAAGAAAGUCUGCAUCGUUGGAUCCGGCAACUGGGGUUCCUCCAUCGCCAAAAUCAUCGGACACAAUGUGAAAGCAUCCAACCGCUUUGACCCCAUUGUCAACAUGUGGGUGUACGAAGAGAUGAUAAACGGGAGGAAACUGACGGAGAUCAUUAAUACGGAGCAUGAAAAUGUCAAAUAUCUUCCAGGUCACAAGCUGCCUAAGAACGUGAUUGCCAUUCCAGAAAUCACAGACGCAGUGAAGGGAGCAAAGAUCCUCGUGUUUGUGAUCCCCCACCAGUUCAUCAGCAAACUCUGUGAUCAGAUGAAGCCUCACAUCAUUGAGGGAACCAUCGGGAUAUCGCUCAUUAAAGGUGUCGAUGAGGGACCAGAGGGACUGAAGCUCAUCUCGGACAUAAUUAGAGAAAAGCUAGAGAUCGAUGUCAGUGUCCUAAUGGGGGCCAACAUUGCAAGCGAGGUGGCAGAUGAGAAGUUCUGUGAAACCACUAUAGGGGCAAAAAAUGAGGGAAAUGGCCAUAUCUUCAAAGAGCUUCUCCAGACACCCAACUUCCGUAUCACCAUCGUACAUGAGAGCGAUACAGUGGAGCUGUGUGGAGCGCUCAAGAAUAUUGUUGCAGUAGGUGCUGGGUUUUGCGAUGGUCUUGGUUUUGGUGACAACACCAAAGCUGCGGUGAUCAGGCUGGGUCUCAUGGAAAUGGUCGCCUUUGCCAAGUUGUUCUGCAAAGGCCCAGUGAGUUCUACCACAUUCCUAGAAAGCUGCGGCGUCGCUGAUCUCAUCACCACCUGCUAUGGAGGGCGAAACCGCAAAGUUGCAGAAGCCUUUGUCACAACAUCCAAGUCCAUUGUUGAGUUGGAGGCAGAAAUGCUCAAUGGCCAGAAGCUUCAGGGCCCUCAGACUUCAUCUGAGGUCUACAAGAUCCUGGAAAAGAAGAAUAUGAUCAACAAAUUUCCUUUGUUUGCAGCUGUUUACCAGAUCUGCUUCGAGGGCAAAGCGGUGAAAGAGUUCAUCACCUGUCUGCAGAACCACCCAGAGCACAUGUAAAAUGAAUGUGGUCCAGUCUGUAGACAUGUCCGCAGGUGCUCUUUCAAUAUCAAUUCACUACCACUAGAGGGCGAAAGAGAUUCAUGAGCUAGACCCGCACAAUAAUAGUUAAUUCAAUACCAAUUGUAAUCAAGAGCACUUUCUACUUCUGUUUUUUUUUGUACUGGUGACAUGUCAUAACAGAUGCUAUAUUUUUAUAACUUCUAAGGUGAUUUUACAGGAUUUUUAUUUUGUUUUUGCUUGUAAUUUGUCAAAUGGUCUGAUAUUCAUGUCAUUCAUGUGAGUUUUGAAUUGGUGGUAUAAUACCAUAUAGCUCCUUAUACAAUCGACCACUAGUUGUAUAACUAAAACAACUUAUUCUGACUGUUUGUCAAACUGUUUUUCUAUUACUUCACUACAUAAUAAUUUACAACCUUAAACACAAAACUUGAUCUUGUUCUUUUUUUAUCUCUGUGGGGUUUAAUAAAUUCAUAAGAAACAAUAA